AUGGAGACCGUUCAAUCGAGUGCGGACAAUACGGAUAGAGAAGACGUACACUCUCCUCCAACGUCCCCAUUGACCGAUCCAUCUGACCCUGGCCAGAAGUUCGAGGAUGCCAACGAAGGCGAUGAUCAAUCCAAAGGAGAAUCCUCUCAUGAUGCUCAACCAUCCCCCAGCUCCGAAGCAGCUGCCACAACUGUGACCAAGGAUAAUCCACCCAGCCCCAACGAAAAUGCCCGUCCCGAUGUCAGGAACAGCAAUGCCAGUUCCACUCAUCCAAAAUCGGAGCCUUCUUCAGACUCUGCAGUGGUUGAGAAUCCCACUGCCAGUCGCCCUACCAGCGACCAACCCAUACCUCCAGUCGUUGCAACUCAACCCGCCUCUGAUGAGCAGCCUCCAGACCCUCCAGCCAAGCCUCCUCGUCCUUCAAGAUUCCAAGGUUUCUCAGCUUCCUUGCCCUCUGUUCCUUGGGGCCCUCCUCCGCCUCCUAAGAAAGCCCCAGAGCCUAGGGCUCCAUCUCCACAACCUCCUCAACCUGCCCAAUCCAGUCAAACUUCCUCCUCCUUUGGCCGCAAGGUCACCACUCCAUUUGGCUGGCUGAGCAGAGCCACAACUUCCACCCCGAAAGAGCUGAAGUCACCUUCUUUACCCUCAAGAAAUGCCCUGGACGCUCGUCGCAACACGGCCGCUUCUUUGGGAAGCAACCCCGAUCUAACCCUAAAAGCGCUGGAAGAAGGUCAAGAUGGUUCCACUGGCCAGAGACACCAUUCCCGUGCCUCACUCCGCGAACAAUUCAAAAUGCUGCGGCUACGGGAAGAAGCUGGUCUCACUAGCCUGGAAGGUCCCGAGAAAGGCGAGGGAGGCGCACUGGCUGGUUUGAUUGGCCGCUCUGCCACCCUGGGUGUCGGAAUUGCGACCCCCGGAAGUGUUGGUCAGGAUGAAAAUGUGGUCUCUACGCCGAUCAUGUCCCCAACUUCACCCAUCACCGAAAUCGUCCCUGUAAAUCCAAAUCUCGCACCCGGCACAGUUUCCGGAGUUGCUGCCGCCCCAGCCGACACAACAACCCCAAUAGAUUGGGACUUUUGGCAGAAUGUUGUAAAUGAAGGGCCUCAAGCAGUCGCUCGAACCAGCCCGGAAGAGUUUACCCAAGCCAUUAGUGGUGGCAUUCCUCAGACCAUUCGCCAUGUCAUCUGGCAAGUUCUUGCAGGAAGUAAGAACGAGGAUCUCGAGGCAGUAUACUGGGAUCUGCGCUCGCGAGAUGUCAACCAAGAAAUAAAAGAGCCCCUUCCAAAAUCUCCCCUGUUGAAUGGCAAUGCAAAUACCAAUGCCAAUGGUACCGCAAAGGAGAAAGAGAAAGAGUCCGUCGGGUCUUCCAGAUCCUCAGUUCGUUCGGACCACUCUACUCCCGCCACCAGCACCAACAUUGGGGUAGCAUCUCCUUCGCCUUCCCAAGACACUACGGACCCUCUCAGUAGUGCCAAACUCCAGGCCGAGUUGGCUACUGAGAGAGCAAAGAAGGCCAAAGAGGAUUCUGCCACUUUGGCUAAGCUGGAAAAAGUCAUCAAGCGAGACAUGGGCUCAAGGACCAGUUACUCGAAAUAUGCCGCCGCUUCAGGUCUUCAGGAUGGACUUUUCCAUGUUUGCCGUGCCUACGCACUUUUUGAUGAUGCGGUUGGAUAUCCACAAGGCAUGAACUUCAUCAUCAUGCCACUUCUAUUCACCAUGCCAGAAGAGGAAGCGUUCUGCCUCUUAGUGCGGUUGAUGAACAAGUAUCAAGUACGUGACCUUUUUAUUCAGGACAUGCCUGGGCUGCACCUUCAUCUCUACCAGUUCGAACGACUUCUAGAGGACCUAGAACCUGCUCUUUAUUGCCAUCUCAAUCGUCGGAGUGUCACCCCAAAGCUAUAUGCGACACAAUGGUUCCUCACACUUUUUGCCUAUCGAUUUCCUCUGCAGCUCGUUAUGCGCGUGUUCGACUUGGUUCUUUGCGAGGGUCUUGAAGGCGCUAUCUUGAAAUUCGGCAUGGCUGUCGUUCAACGCAAUGUGCAAACACUUCUGGGUAUGAAUGAUAUGCAGGCUCUGACAAAUUUCUUGAAAGAGAAGAUAUUUGAUGUCUAUAUUGAUGCAGCCCCUUCUUCAAAAUCAAUACUCGAGUCUGGCUUCUUUGGAAAUUCCGGUGGAACGGAUACUGAAAUCUACCGAGCAGACUUGCUUGUGCAAGAUGCAUGCGCCGUGAAACUCACACCUGAAAUGCUGAGCCGGUACCGUGAGGAGUACGAAACAACUACCAAGGCUGAGAAGGCUCGAGAGACAGAGCUGGAGAAUCUAAGGACCGACUGCGCUACUAAAGCUGCACAGAUACGAUCUUUAGAAACGCGGGCUGAAAAAUCUGACGCUGAACAUAUCGAACUAGCGAAUGAACUUGUCCGACUAAAAGUUGAGAACACGGAAUUUCAAGAUCGGAACGAGAGCCUUACAGGUCAAGUCGAAGAACUCCGAAAAGUUGCUGAAAGUGAAGCUGCCAAUGUUGAGGAACGGAUGAGAGCCACUACAGAGCAGGUCAUGCAGCGGAAUAUCGAAGUGCAGAACGAGAAUCGUCACAUGGAAGAGCAAAUGGCUGAAAUGGAGCGCGAGCUUGUGGAGAUCAAGCUAAAGUAUGCUGAGCUCAACGUUGAACACGAGACGCUCAAGCAGAAAUGGAACGACCUCAAGCGAGCGCUCGACUAG